CAACAAUCCACGGCGCAAUUCCGCGACCGCUGCGGCGCAUCUGCACUAAGGCUCCCUCCGCCUAGCAGACAUAGCUUCAUGCUCACCUCCUUUCAUCCUUCACCACCCCAACACUCAACUCCACCAUGAACGGCGGUUGGAUAUUUCUCAUAGUCAUCGGCUUCCUAGCCCUAGCCUCCUACGGCGGCUGGGUCGUCUGGUCACGCGUCCAAGCCAACCGCCUGGGCCUCCCACCCCCAUCCCUCAACCCCUUCUCCCGCAUCCGCUCCACGGGCGGCGCAAAUUAUCCCGCCCCAGCUCCAUCCGGCAUCCGCGGCUGGUUCGACACCCAGAUAAGAAGAUUCAAGAACAGGAAUAAUCGGUAUGCGGCCGGCGCAUACGAAGAGACGGGCUAUGGUGGCGGGAGCGCAUUCAGGGGAGGCCACAGGUUAGAUCCCGAUGAGGCGUGGGAUGCGCGCGUGGGGAACGAGGCGCAUUAUGAGGAGCAAGAGCUGGGGUUGCAUGACCCCGUGCAUCCGGAGGAUUCGAUGUAUAUGGGCAGUAGUGGUGCGUAUGGGUAUGCGCCGCCGAGCGCUGGGCUCCACGCAACGGAGCCGGAGAGGGGACGGAGUAGGACGAGGGAGUACGAUGAUGGGGGUUCGAAUUUGCAUGCGGGGAGUGCAAGGGAUCCGUUUGGGGAUGAGAAUGCCACCGCGAGUUUGAGGGGAGUGAGCCCUAGGCCGUUAGAGCAGGAUACUAGUUAUGGGGGUGCGGGAACGCUGGGGGCGACGGCGGGGACGGGGAAGGGGCACAAGAAGGAUGGGAGUUUGGAUAAUAGUCCGACCGAGAGGAGAAGUAUUUUCAGGGAGGAUAUGUGAUGAAUGCCGGCGAUUACGGUGAUUCAGUCUUGCUGUUGUUCGAUGGACGGCUUAUUCUUUUCGUUUUGGAGUCCAUAUGGAUACAUGGAUUUCAAAAGUAUGGCUGGGUUAUGGAUGCUUGGCUUCUUCUUUAAUGGGUUAUUAUGGUGGUGCCAUCUAGGACAAAUACGAGAGUACUGUGUAUUAUUCCUUGGAAGACACGAUUAUCUUUCGGCUGUGAAGCUCGAGCUGAG